AUGGUAGAAGAAGCAUUGACAGAAAAAUUCAUGAAACCAACAAAACCACAUGGAAACAGAACAUCAAUAAAACUGAUUGAGAAAAAAAGCAUCAAAAGAAAACAAACAGUAAUACCAGCUCAUAUAGAUAACAGCAAUGCUGAGAUAAAAAUAUCAAACUAUAAAAACA